UUUUUCGGUCUUCCGUAAAAAGGCAUGCUGGGAACGCGAUAUGCAAAUUAGGCGGAGAUUCAGCGCCCCGCCCCUUCUACGUUGGGGCAGUUACCAAAUCGACUCAGUGCGCAGGCGCGGGAAAGUUGAACUGCUAAAAGUUUGUGUGUAACGUGAGUGCCUUCGGAGGCGGAGGUGGGGGCGGGGACGGCGGCGGCCGCUGGAGGCCGGAACCAGGUGCCUCCAUGGCAGGCUCAGAGGAGCUGGGGCUCCGGGAGGACACGCUGAGGGUUCUAGCUGCCUUCCUUAGGCGGGGUGAGGCUUCUGGGUCCCCCAUCCCAACUCCACCCAGAAGCCCUGCCCAAGAGGAGCCAACAGACUUCCUGAGUCGCCUUCGAAGAUGUCUUCCGUGUCCAUUGAGGCGAGGAGCUGCUCCCUCUGAUUCCCCCAGGCCUUGCUCUCUGCCCCUCCGCCCCUGUUAUGGUUCAGAGCCUGGUCCAGCUACUCCAGACUUCUAUGCCCUGGUGGCCCAGCGGCUGGAACAGCUGGUCCAAGAGCAACUGAGAUCUCCCCCUAGCCCAGAGUUACAGGGUCCGCCAACCACAGAGAAGGAAGUCCUGCUGCGAAAGCUGGUGACCUUGUUGGAAGAAGAGGCAGAGGUCAUCAACCAGAAGCUGACCUCCGACCCAGCCCUGCGCCGCAAGCUGGCCCGCCUGUCUGCAGGCUCUUUCGCCCGCCUAGUGGAGCUCUUCUCUAGCCGGGAGGGCAGCCCUUGCCCGAGCCGCACAAGUCCGUGCCCUGGGCCCCCGCCACCUUCCCCGGAGCCCCUGGCUCGCCUGGCUCUGGCCAUGGAGCUAAGCCGGCGCGUGGCUCGACUUGGGGGCACCCUGGCUGGACUCAGCGUGGAGCACGUGCACAGCUUCGCGCCCUGGAUCCAGGCCCAAGGGGGAUGGAUUUAUCUCCAGUGCUGUCUUAGAAUGGGUUUGGGGUCUGGCAUGUUGGCAGUGUGAUCUUGUCAGCUGUCCCCAUCUGCUUGAGCACCAGUAUGCCCCCUGGAUCAGUAAGCAUCAUCUCAGUUACUUGUCUUAUGGGUCACUAUGGUGAUUCAGUGGGAGAAGGACUGCCAGUCUCAGUUUGCUUCCCAGAAUGGCAGGAGCUAGUCGGGUGUGUUUCAGGAGCACGGACAGGAGGCCUUUAGGGCUAGAGCAGAGUGGGCAAGUGAGAGACGGCAAGAGAUGAGAGCAGGAGGUACAGCCAGACCCUGCCUGGCCUGUGGUCACUUUGAGAACUUGGAUUUUGACUCAUAGAGAUCCAAGGACUCAGUGGAGCCGGUAUUUGGUUUCCUUGUUAAUCGGCUCCCUCUGUUGGCUGAUGGGGAGACAGACCAUAGGGUACCUGAGAGAAAUAAGAAGCCCAAGGAGAUAAGAGCUGACAGGUUUUGCUAAUGGGCUGGAUGUGGGGACUAGGCCAAAGAUGCUGGCCUGAGAUGCAGUAGGACUGUCUUGGAGAUUUGUGAGUUCUGUGAUGGGAAGGUGAGCAGAGGAGCAGGCAGCAAGCUUAGGGACGAGUUGGGGAUGAUCAGAAGUCCAUGUAAGAGGUCUUUCAGACCUCAGGCAGAUACCAAGGGCACUGGAUAUAAGUGUUGAGAUCAGCAAUGACGUUUGCUUAUUUUUAAAAUUGGGUUUGUUUGUUUUUCACAGGAUCAAUAACAGGUAAGCUUGAGUGCGGUCAUGUAUUAGACCUAGUAUUUCAAAGGAAUGAUCCCACUUAAACCCCACAAAAACCUCAUGGGGUUUUGUCAUUAUCCUGUUUUAUGGGGCCAGUAGGAAAAGUCCCUCAUGCAGGGGAUUGGGAUCAGCAAAAAGCCACAGCUCUUAAUCAUUAAAUCUCAGGAUUCUGCCCACCCCCUUCUGGGUGUAUGUCCCCCUCCUCUGGGUCCUUGCCAUCCCCUAUCUAUCAUUUCACUGUGCUGAUGUGCCUGCUUUAGGGAGUAGAGGCUACCUUCCUUGCUCACAGGACUCUGCCACUAUUCCCCUCCAGGAGGGCAUCCUAGCUGUUUCACCUGUGGACUUGAACUUACCCUUGGACUGAGAUCUUCCUCAAAAGCUGCUACAAGAUUGGACCUCAUGCCCCUGCCCUCUUCGUUUGCUUUUUCAAGCUUCUGUGGGGGUGGUGGCUGCCUUACCUGUUGAUACCAAAAGGAAUUUGUUUGAAAACUUUUCAUAUUAAAACCUUGUAAAAGU